AUGAGUUGCUGUAUUUUGUCUUUUGUCUCUUUUUUUGUCGUUUUUGUCUCUUUUUUUUUUGUCGUUUUUGUCUCUUUUUUUGUCCUUUUUGUCUCUUUUUUUUUUUUUUUGUCUCUUUUUUUUUGUCCUUUUUUUCUGUUUUUUUUUUGUCCUUUUUGUCUCUUUUUUUUUUGUCCUUUUUGUCUUUUUUUUUUUUGUUUUUUUUUUUUUUUGUCCUUUUUGUCUCUUUUUUUUUUUGUCCUUUUUGUCUCUUUUUUUUUUGUCCUUUUUGUCUCUUUUUUUUUUUUGUCCUUUUUGUCUCUUUUUUUUUGUCCUUUUUUGUCUCUUUUUUUUUUGUCCUUUUGUCUUUUUUUUUUGUCCUUUUUGUCUCUUUUUUUUUGUCCUUUUGUCUUUUUUUUUUUUUGUCCUUUUGUCUUUUUUUUUUUUGUCCUUUUGUCUUUUUUUUUUUUGUCCUUUUUGUCUCUUUUUUUUUGUCCUUUUUGUCUUUGUAUAUGUCUGUUUUUAGAGGGGUUUUCCUUUUCUUUUUUUUUUCUUGAGGUGUUGUUUAAGGGGUCUUUUUUCCUUUCGAAAAAAAACGCAUAUGUUUAUUAA